UAUAACCUAACAAAUGUAUAAAUAUAUCAAAUAUAAUAUAUGACAACCUAAAUAUCAAUGCUCCACUGAACCGUUCCUUAACAGAAACAUAAAAUCAUUUCAAAAGAACAUACAUUAAUUAACAUUUUUUGCCACAUGUCAUGUAUGGGAAUAUGGAGGGUCUUUUGUAAUAGAGACAAAAUAUAAAUGUGGAACAUUGAUUAUCCAGAACGAUUAUGUUUUUGACAAUUUGGUACCUGAAGUCACGUGAUACAGGUGACACAAACAAGUUGAAUAUUCCGGAAAUGAAUUCCAACAAUAAAUAGUUUAAUAUUUCGAUACUUUUAAAGUAUUUGUUUUAAGUUACAACGUAAUCAACCGCUGCUGGUCAACCAAGAACAUGUUUAAAAGUUGCUGGAUCAUUGCUGCUGUUGUCGCAGUUCACCUGUUCGGCACAGUAAAAUGUCAGCUGGACCCAGAGAUUGUAGAUGAGAUUAUACCAGAAGUGACAUCACAGGGCGGACAGGCAAAACUUAACUGUACUGUGGUAAAUAAGCAGGAUGCUCAUACUGUAUGUAUAAAUAAUCAUUACUCAUCAAUACUCAGAGUCAAACAGUCUAAUAAACUCUCUUAAUGUGAAUAUUUACAAUAAGAAUACAUUCAAAACAUUGCCUCAGAGUAGAUAUGAACUGCGUAAAUUACAAAGGAAUAUUUGAAUGAAAAGGUAUGAGUUAUCUGUCUUGAUUUGCGAUCAUAAUUAUAUGUUGAUCACUGUAUUCUAGAAUAUGUUAAUGAUAUACAUUUGUAUAGUUUACAUUCAUGUUACAUGUAUUUUAUAUGUAUUUAGAACCCAACUCUUGUGCACUGUCCACUAAAUUAGUUAUUAAUUGAAAUAAUGUAUAGAUUAAUAUAUGUUUAGAUGUAUGAAAUGCUCGUGUUAUUUUUACAUAAUACUUUGAUUACAUGUAUUAACUAUUGUUUUGUAAAUUAAGUAUAUGUUCGUCACUUCCAUUGCUUUUUGCCAUUUGCGGCAUUUGUGAUCAAGUGAUAAACUGCAAGACCUCUACAAUUCAAAGAUAGGAUAUUUAGGCUACUUGAAUUCAUCUAAAACGUAUAUUUGAAAAAGAAAAAAUACAUGUUUCAAGGAAGGUAAUGUGAAAAAACACAAACAAAUAAAUAAAUCAUUCAUGCAUACAUAAACAGAUGCAUACAAACAUACAUAUAUACAAAAUAAACACAGAAAGAACAAUUGUUCCCAGUAUAAAACUUGAGAAAAAUAGAUAAAUCACUUAUACAUUGGAUAUAUUUUUUAUUUUGUUUAAAUGCAAAAAUGUGAGAGUAAAAUGAAUCCAUAUGGCUGGACUAUUCUUCGUUUUCUUUUGUGUAUAAACAAGCGCUUGAAAGACACUGUCUUCUUUUAACCAGAAUAAUUUAGUUUAUAGCUUAAAUUUAAAAAAAAAAUGAAAAAUCGAGCUAAACUUAAGAUAAAAGCGUCUUAUAUUUUCUUAGAAGCUUACAUCUAUUUCUUAGAAAAAUAAAAAAUAAAAAGAACAAUGGUAGACGAAUUACUGGGAAUAAAAAAACACACACAGAAAAAUACAAUUUGAUCUGUUGUACUUUAACACAAGAAAGUUUCAUUGUGGAAAAAAAAGAGAACAGUUCCCCCAAACCACUAGAUAUUAAUUUUGGACAUCAUAUGUAUUUAAGCAUACAUUAAAUGCUAAGUGGUGAUUCCUGCAAGGCAUAAUAUGCACUAUUAUAAAAACUGACUUCUAAGUAUUUAUUCAUUUAUUAUGUACUGCAUGAAUAGAGUGAAGGAGAAAAACAAAAACAAAACUUUUUAAAGCACAAUGAAUAGUAUAUCAUUAAAUUAAAGUUAUAUUGAAAUGGACAUCAAAGUAAUGUCUUUGCGAAAAAGCGAAAAACAAAACGAAACAGAAAAGAUCAUUACAGAGAGAUUGUAAAAAAAACAAACGUGUUUAUACAUACGGAUAAAAAUUCUACCUUUGUGAUUACACUGCGAAAAAUAUACUGAUAUACGGGAAUAUACGGUCCCGUAUUUUUGACAAAUACGGGCGUGUACGGGAUGUAUUUGUCGAAUAUACGGACCAAAUAUACGAGUCCGUAUAGGGAACAUCGGGUAUAAGGGAAGUCCGUAUAUGCAUCAGGCGUAUACGGAAUUCCGUAUUUGCCCCAUAUACAUGUACGUUUUAUUUGUUCGUACUUUUGAAGUAUACGGAGAAUAAAAUUCCGUAUACAGAAUUUAUCAAGGUUGUUAUCCCUAGUAUACUAUAAAUAUACCAGGGAUAUACGGGACCGUAUUUUCUACAUAUACAGAGAAUUAUUUUAUUGAUAUUAUUGCUAUUUUUAUUAAUAUAUAAAAUUUUCACGUUGACUUAAGUCAUAUUAUAGAUUUAAACUAUAGCGAAUGAAUAGAAAAUAUCCGAAAGGUUAUUCAAAAUUGGAAAAGAAGAAUUCUCACACCAAUAUGUAAAAUUGAUGUUAUUGAAUCUCUUUUGAUUUCAUCUCUAAAUCAUUUAUUCAUUUCACUACCAAACCCUUCUGGAGAUGUAAUCAGUGUAUCUAAUAAAAUGUUUUAUGACUUUAUUUGGCAAGGAAAUGUAAAAAAUAAGUCUAUGCUGAGGGCUGCUUGCAAAUGAUAAAUAUUUCUGCCGUUAUAAUGGCAUUAGAAUAACAUGGUUUAAAGAACAAUCUCAAAUGCUAGUUGGAAAAGUAUUCUUUACGACAAAAUAGAUAUGCAAAAGUUUUUUCACUGCGGAAACCAUUACUUUGAUAAACUUGCAAAAGAAACAAUCUUUUUUUGGAAGGACACUUUUACAGCCUUAUCACGAUAUAUAGAAUUAAUUUCCAUCGAAAAUCAUUCUUUCGGAAAACAUUCUUUAUUUUAUAACAAUAACAUAUUAAUUGGUUCAAAAAGCGUAUAUUUAAAAUCGUGGUUCGAUGCAGGUGUUUAUAACAUAGAACACCUAAAAGCACCUGAUGGAAAGUUUUUAUCUUAUAAUGAAUUUAUUAAUCGAUACAAUGUCCUAUCUAAUAUCUUAAUUUUCAACGGUAUGAUUUUAUCAGUAAAGCAAUUUUUAAAUAAAUAUAUUAUAAUUUAUAACAUUCCACAGAAAAGCAUUGGCCCAGACAUACUGCUAUACAUUAAAGAUAUUAUAUCAGACAUAAAUGGAGCAAAACUUUUCUAUAAUAUAUUAAAUAAAAACAAAUCAAAGCCCACAAGUAUCGAAAAAUGGACAAACAACCUUAAUUUAGCUUUUAGUGAAAAUGAAUGGAAAAUUAUAUUUGAAAUGUCUUUUACAAUUACAAAAUGUGCCAAGUUCCAAUGGUUCAAAACAAGAAUUUUACACAGGAUUAUUGGAACUAAUCAUCUUUUAUACAAAAUUAAGUAUAAAGAAAGUCCUUUAUGUUCUUUUUGUAAUAAUGAUGUUGAAAGCAUUGAGCAUCUAUUUUGGCUGUGUCCCAUUGUCAAAAAAAUUAUAAAUGAAUUUCUUGAAAUAAAUGAAGCACCUUUUUUAUCUUUGGGUAUAAAAGAAAUGAUGUUUGGCUAUAAUGCAAAGGAUGAUCUAUCUAACGCAAAAAACUUAUUUUUAGUAUAUUAUACUUAUUUCUUAUUUAUUUCUACACUGAAAAGUAUUGUUUUGAGUUUAAGUAAUUAAGAAAUAAUUCAAGCCAAAAUAGCAUGCAUUAAAUUUUAUAUGAUGUCGAUGCUUUUGAAACUAUUUUUUUAGAAUACGGUUAUGAGUGCGAGUGUGAAUGCAUGUGUCGUCCUUGUCUCUUUGUGUUUUGUUGUUGUUAUUUUUUGUGUGGUGUUUUUUUUCUAUUCUUUUUUAUUUCUUUUGUUAUUGUUGUUUGUCUUUUCUUUCAUUACAAUGGUUUCACAUCUGGUAUACCCGUUCAUAUGCAUGAAUAUAAAUAAUCAUAAAACCACUGUGGGAUGUGCUGCGACCCACAAAUGGUUAUGUGACGAAGCGAAUAAAUGGGGUUACCCCAUGUGGGGGCCUGAAAAAAAAAUAUCUUGAAAGUUUUUAUUACAAAGUCUUCAUAUUUCACAUAGUGAUUGGUCAUAACUAGUAGAUGACCCCCAUUGAUUUUGGGAUUGCUAGUCCAAAGGUCAAGGUCACAGGGGCCUUAAAUGUCACAAUGGUUUCUGCUUAUUUUCUUGAAAACUAUUUAUUACAAACUCUUCAUAUUUCACAUAUCGAUUGGUCAUAACUUGUACAUGUCCCCUAUUGGGAUCACUUUGUCAAAGGUCUAUGUCAUAGGUCCCUUAAAUGUCAGAAUGGUUUCGGCUCAUUCUCUUGAAAAUUAUUGAUCACAAAGACACAUAUUGAAGUAGAUAAUCCCUAUUAUUGGGAUCACUAGUCUCAAUGUCACAGCGGCCUUAAAUGUAAGAACGGUUUUCACUUAGUAACGUGAAAACUUUAUAUCAAAAGGUCUUAAUAUAUUUCGCAUAUUA